UCUCAGGGGGCGGGAGGGGAGCUCUGCCUCUGUCGGGAGUCCCACAGCCCAUGUGGCAGCGCUGAGCGCAGGGCCGUGUGCCUUUGUAAUGAAUCACCCCGCCAUUGUCUGCUCCCCUCCCUGCUGCCGCGAUGGAGCUUUCACCUGGGCUGCUGCCUGCACGCGGGCCUUCUUCCAAGCUGGGAAGAGGAGGAGGAGGAGGAAGGGCUACUCGCCGUAAUUAAAGCCAGAGCAGGGAAAGCUGCUAUUUCCAGCCUGCAGCACCCCGGUUUCCCUCCUUCUCCGCCUCGAGUGGCUGCCUUUUGAUGUGGGUGUAGGCAGGAACAUCUGAAGGUCCCCUUUUGUGAGGUUGUGGGAUCACCGGGCUCCAUUUUGCGGCACCAUCCGAGGUGCCUUUGCUGCCGGCGUGCCCCCUCCCGUCCCCCAGCACCCCUCAGCGGCUCCAGCCAGAGCCGUUUAUCUUGGCACGUGUUUCGCUCGCUGUGCUCUGCCCAGGGCUCAGGGAGGUGAUGGCGUUUGUGGCUUUGAGACUAAUUUAUGUCCUUGUUAAAACGAACCAGCGAGCAGUCUCAUUUUUUCCAGAGGUUUUCAUCCCUUCCCCCUUCCCCCUUCCAUAACCCUUUCCCUCCCAGACCCCAUGUGCAGCUAGAGACAACCUUGCACGGCCCGAAGUUGCUCGUUCAGCCAAUGAUUUAAAAAAAAAAAAAAAAAAAAAAAACCUAACAAAAAAUGACAGAGCUCCAUAAAUGGAGAUCUUAUUUAAAUCGGAGCAGCAGCUGACUCAUUAAAGGCCUCUCUAUCUCCUUUUCUUUACUCUGCCUUGUUCUUUUCCCCUGUCUCCCCACCUCCCAUGACAGUGGUCUGUGCUCGCUCUGGGCUCAGGCAGUGGGGGUGGAUUUGGGGACCAGAGACGAUGCCCAUCAUGACAGCCACCUCGCAAAUGUGCGAAGCAUCCUGUUGUAGGAGAUCAUCCUCCUUUGUUUGAACUGUCUGCAGGGGAGCCCGAGUGCCAGGACAGCCUCUCCUGCUGUCCCCGUAUCGCUUCUUUGGGAUCUCCUUCCCUCUGGCAAGCUGGAUGCUCCAGCAUCUCCUCCUUCCCCCUUUCCCCACCCUUCCCUCAAAAAAAGGGGGGUGGUGGUGAAGAAAGAGCUUUUUCCACGCAUUGAGGGAUUCUCUUGGGAGCUACCGCUAUUCCCCAGCCCUUUUCCUUGCUUGGAGGAUGGCAGCCCCCUCUCCCUCAGCUUAUUUGCUAUUUGCUCCUUGGUUUGGUGUCCCCCCUGCAUGAGCUGUCUGAAGGGGAUUGCUCUUCUUGUAUCCCACGGCCUCAUGCUCUUUUUCUUUCAUUGCCAUUCUGAACGCGGUGCUUGUUUAUGCGUUACCUGACUUUCUGCCUCUGUGUACCCCCUAGUUCUUGCCUCCCUUCUGCUGUUUGUCGUAGGACCUCGGUUUAGCGCUGCGGGCACCAUGUCAGCAGCAGAGGUUUGUGUGAGAGGAGUCCUGGCCAGGCCCUUUUCCAGGAGAAUCUCCCCCGGAGAUUGAAGGAUGGACCUGCAGCUCGCUUGCCCUGAUGGUAACCAGGAGCCAGCAGCAACUCCUGAUGCAAUGGUGCAGCCAUUCACCACAAUCCCAUUUCCGCCACCCCCACAGAACGGGAUUCCCACAGAGUACGGGGUGCCACACACUCAGGACUAUGCAGGCCAGACCAGCGAGCACAAUCUGACGCUCUACGGGAGCACGCAGCCGCACGGCGAGCAGAGCACGACCACAGCCAGCACGCAGAACGGAUCUCUCGCAACAGAAGGAGGGGCACAGACAGAUGGACAGCAAUCACAGACACAGAGCAGUGAGAACACCGAGAGCAAAUCCACUCCAAAACGACUUCAUGUGUCUAACAUUCCCUUCCGCUUUCGAGAUCCUGACCUUCGACAGAUGUUUGGGCAAUUUGGCAAAAUCCUUGAUGUAGAGAUAAUCUUUAAUGAGCGCGGCUCCAAGGGAUUCGGGUUCGUAACUUUCGAGAAUAGUGCUGAUGCAGACAGGGCCAGGGAGAAAUUACACGGCACCGUGGUAGAGGGCCGUAAAAUCGAGGUUAACAACGCCACAGCACGAGUGAUGACCAAUAAGAAGAUGGUCACGCCAUAUGCAAAUGGUUGGAAGUUGAGUCCUGUGGUUGGAGCGGUGUACGGCCCUGAGUUAUAUGCAGCGUCCAGCUUUCAAGCAGAUGUCUCGCUGGGCAAUGACGCCGCAGUGCCCCUGUCAGGAAGGGGGGGUAUUAACACUUACAUUCCUUUAAUCAUUCCAGGCUUCCCCUAUCCAACUGCAGCCACCACAGCAGCCGCGUUUCGGGGAGCCCACCUGAGGGGCCGAGGAAGGACGGUUUAUGGGGCAGUCCGGGCAGUACCUCCUACAGCCAUCCCUGCCUACCCAGGUGUGGUUUACCAGGACGGAUUUUACGGUGCUGACCUCUAUGGUGGAUACGCAGCCUACAGAUAUGCACAGCCUGCUACUGCAACAGCAGCCACGGCCGCUGCAGCCGCUGCAGCAGCUUACAGCGAUGGUUAUGGCAGGGUGUACACAGCAGAUCCUUACCAUGCCCUUGCCCCUGCCGCUAGCUACGGAGUUGGCGCUGUGGCGAGUUUAUACCGAGGUGGCUACAGCCGAUUUGCCCCCUACUGAAGUGACGUGAGCCCCCUGCAAGUGGGACAGCCCCCCCAGUUCAUGAGGCCUGGCUAUUGCAAUAUUUACUAGUAGAGGAACUCUAUAGCAAGACGAGGAGGAAAAACAAAAACAAAAGAGAAUACUUUUUUAUACCUCACUAUGUUCUUUGAAUAUGUAUUUUUUUUUUUCCUUUAAAUUUCUGCCUUUAAUUCUUUUGUUCCAAAUAUUGUGCUUUUUUUU